AUGAACCCAGCAGUCCCACGACCCCGCUGGCAUCGAUCGCCCCCAGUACGGCAACUCUGGGUAUUCCACCCCGGAUACGGCUGCCCUCUCGGUCAAGGACAGGUUGCUGUCAAAUGUGAUGAACGUCGUCCUAGCUGCGGUCAAUGCGCUCGUUUAGGACAUCGUUGUGAUUACAGUCCCCGUUUGACCUUUCGCGACGAUACAGCUCGAGUAGUGGAGCGCAUGACCGAGGUAUCUACCACGGGCAAUGUAGUAUGGGAUUGUACAUCAAUAGCCAAAGCACGCACCCUCUCUCCGCCCGUCACUCCCGGCGUAUACGAUUCUCUACCUCCUUUCUUCAUGUUGACUUCAGAUGACGAGCGUGAGAAGAAAGCAGAGGCAACCGUCCCUGGUACAUAUCAUGUCAUAGUCAACCCGGACAGCUUUACGAAUUUAGAAUACACAGACGAGGCUUCAUCUGUCGAUCUAAAUAUUGGACAUCUUAAGAUCCGUCGAGGUUCCGGAACCAGCUCAACGUUGAGCCAAAGAGACGACCUUCACAGCGUGAAUGAACUCAACGAUCCAAACGUUGUCAUUCUGGAUACUUUCGAAGAUAGUAACCAUCGUUCUCCUACCGCAAAUUGGAGGAAGGCAAGGUUAUCUCCUGCGUCAGAUAUCACUUCUGCCUCUACACUGGCCUCCCCUACUUUCUUCCCUCCCGAAAAUCACGGUCCGUUAACACUAGGUCCGAAUACUGCUAGAUAUAACAGUCAGGAGGAGUUACUACUUGCUCACUUUCGCGACGUGGUCUGGAAACAACUUAUCCAAGGCCAAUCCAGUCACGACCUCUUCUCUCCUGUCUCAAGUCCUAUAACUCCAGGUGUAGAGAUCUUUGAAGCUCUCGCGUCCACUUUUCAACCCUUAUACCAUGCUAUCAUGGCUAUCUCUGCUCUGAGCCUAGCUCGUCAGCAUCGCAGCAAGAGUAUUGAUGCAUUGCAACACUACCACCAAGCAUUCCCUUCUCUCCAGACUGCUCUCCGUGAUACGAAUGAUCUUUGUUCCGACGGUCUUUUCCUCACUCACUUUCUUCUUCUGGUUUAUGAGGUGGCCGCUGCAGAAGAGGGCGGGUCAAAUCUGUGGUCACAUCACAUGGCCCGGUUAACUCAAAUCUCCCUCAUGAGAGUAUCGCAGUACGGCAGCGAGCAAUAUCCCUAUAUCGUCUGGUUGGUUUGCAAUAUCGACCUUUAUGCCCUACUCAGCGGUGCUGGCGCCGGCGAGUUUCUCAAAGCAAUGCUUGACAACAACCUGCUUCCCAGCCCAAGGAGCCAAUUGUACCCUUUAGCUCCAAGUGGGCACAGCGUGAUAUAUCCAGAGGAGCACGACACAUUACCGUCUGUUCUGCACUUCAACCAUGAGACGUUUCUUCUAGCGAUUAGACUUGCUUUUCUUGCUGCCGAUCUUUAUCGUCAGACUGAGGAGUAUCGCACCAGCUCCCCACGAUCUCAAAACCAGUCUUUCGAUCCCAAACGACGGCUCUAUGAGAUCAGAGACAGCUUCCAUCAAUUGUGGGACAGUCCACAGGCUCAUUAUCUCUUCGAGAAUAUGAAAGUGCUCCCUCAGCGGUCUCGUGAGGUACUGCAAAAUGCAUUGUCACUUUAUCACUCCUGCAUGCUUUAUUCUUACACAAGCUUGUGGCGUGGACAGUUACUCGGACCAGAAGGUGCUUCAGAUGAGAUUAUUGCUCAUCACGCAAACAGUAUCUUCCAUAUUGCGGAGAUAAUCGUCCAUUCGCAUCAAUUCGAUCUCCGUUUUAUCAUUUUCCCACUUUUCAUGGCCGGCGUCUCAACUUCGUCAGCAGGGCAGAAGAUGAUGGCUAUGGAUCUUAUAUCCAGUAUGGAAAAGCAAGGUAUCGGACGCAACGCAACGACGACACGACACUUACUUCAAAUGGUCUAUCAAGCACAAACGGACCAGCUUAUGACUGUUGGUCACUCUGCUAAUGUUGGGUGGUCAGAUGUGAUGGUCCAGCAGGGGAUGCAGAUCGUGAACUUUGGAUUGUAG